GCCCAACCAGACACAAAAACAUUCCUGGGCCUUAAAGCGCUCCUCCAUAUUUGGCAGAGGGGCUUUGCUUAUAAGGAGAGCUCAUGGUGAAACUCCAAUAGGUCACCGUUCUAUCUCAAGGACCAGUACACCUCAGUCUUCUCAGUAAGGAUAAAGGUGAAAAAUGGGUGAUGCUGCCAUGAAAGAAUUUGGGGCAGCGGCCCCUUACCUGAGGAAGUCAGACAGGGAGCGUCUGGAGGCCCAGACUCGCCCGUUUGACAUGAAGAAGGAGUGUUUUGUUCCUGACCCCAGUGAUGAAUAUGUGAAGGCUUCGAUCACCAGCCGUGAUGGGGACAAAGUCACUGCUCAGACUGAGAAAGGGAAGACCGUCACAGUGAAGGAGUGCGAUGUGCACCCUCAGAACCCGCCAAAGUUCGAUAAAAUUGAAGACAUGGCGAUGUUCACCUUCCUCCAUGAACCAGCUGUGCUGUAUAACCUCAAAGAGCGUUACGCAGCGUGGAUGAUCUACACCUACUCUGGGUUGUUCUGUGUGACUGUCAAUCCCUACAAGUGGCUGCCAGUCUACAACCAGGAGGUGGUCGUUGCCUACAGAGGAAAGAAGAGGAGUGAAGCUCCUCCUCAUAUCUUCUCCAUCUCUGACAAUGCCUAUCAGUACAUGCUAACUGACAGAGAAAAUCAGUCAAUUCUCAUCACUGGAGAAUCUGGUGCUGGGAAAACUGUCAACACCAAGAGAGUCAUCCAGUACUUUGCCAGCAUUGCAGCUGGAAGUGGGAAAAAGGAUACAGGCUCUGAGAAGAAGGGUACUCUGGAGGAUCAAAUCAUCCAGGCUAACCCGGCAUUAGAGGCCUUUGGGAAUGCCAAAACCAUCAGGAAUGACAACUCCUCCAGAUUUGGUAAAUUUAUCCGAAUUCACUUUGCAGCCAGUGGGAAGUUGGCCUCUGCUGACAUAGAGACAUAUCUGCUGGAAAAGUCCCGUGUCACCUUUCAGCUCAAGGCUGAGAGAGAUUAUCACAUCUUCUAUCAGAUCUUGUCUCAAAGGAAGCCCGAGCUUCUCGAGAUGCUGCUCAUCACCAACAACCCUUAUGAUUAUGCCUUCAUCUCUCAAGGAGAGACAACAGUAGCCUCAAUCAAUGAUGCUGAAGAGCUAAUGGCCACUGAUGAUGCCUUUGAUGUGCUGGGCUUUACUCAAGAAGAAAAGAAUAGCAUUUACAAGCUGACUGGUGCCAUCAUGCACUAUGGGAACAUGAAAUUCAAGAACAAGCAGCGUGAAGAGCAGGCAGAGGCAGAUGGCACAGAAGAUGCGGACAAAUCCGCUUAUCUGAUGGGCCUGAACUCUGCUGACCUCAUCAAAGGUCUCUGUCACCCAAGAGUCAAAGUAGGAAACGAGUGGGUCACCAAAGGACAGAAUGUACAGCAGGUGUACUAUGCUAUGGGUGCACUGGCUAAAGCAGUGUAUGAGAAGAUGUUUCUGUGGAUGGUGGUGAGGAUUAACCAGUCCCUGGACACCAAACAGCCCCGCCAGUACUUCAUUGGUGUGCUUGACAUUGCUGGAUUUGAGAUCUUUGAUUUCAACACCUUUGAGCAGCUGUGCAUCAACUUCACCAACGAAAAACUGCAACAGUUUUUCAACCACCACAUGUUUGUACUGGAGCAGGAAGAGUACAAGAAAGAGGGCAUCGAAUGGACUUUCAUUGACUUUGGCAUGGAUCUGCAGGCCUGUAUCGACCUGAUUGAAAAGCCCAUGGGUAUCAUGUCCAUCCUUGAAGAGGAGUGCAUGUUCCCCAAAGCCAGUGAUGCCACCUUUAAAGCUAAGCUCUAUGACAACCACCUGGGAAAAUCCAGCAACUUCCAGAAGCCCAGAGUUGUCAAAGGAAAACCAGAGGCUCAUUUUGCCCUGGUUCACUACGCUGGAACUGUUGAUUACAAUAUCAACAACUGGUUGGUGAAGAACAAGGAUCCUCUGAAUGAGACUGUUGUGGCAUUGUACCAAAAGUCGACCGUCAAACUGCUUGCAACUCUCUUUGCAAAUUAUGCAGGAGCUGACUCAGCUGAAUCUGGUGGGAAGGGCAAAGGUGGAACCAAGAAGAAAGGUUCUUCCUUCCAAACUGUAUCAGCUUUGCACAGGGUAAUAUCAGUAUGCGUCUUAAAGGUAUUCUUUAAAGCUGGUCUUCUUGGCCAACUUGAAGAGAUGAGAGAUGACCGUUUAUCCCUCAUAAUCACGGGAAUCCAGGCUCGAUCAAGAGGUCUGCUCGCAAGAGUGGAAUUCCAGAAGAUUGUUGAAAGGAGGGAUGCACUUCUUGUGAUCCAGUGGAACAUACGUGCCUUCAUGGGGGUUAAGAAUUGGCCCUGGAUGAAGCUUUUCUUCAAGAUCAAACCUCUGCUGAGAUCUGCUGAGGCAGAAAAGGAGAUGGCCAACAUGAAGGAAGAAUUCCUAAAACUCAAAGAAGCUUAUGCAAAAUCUGAAGCUCGAAGAAAGGAACUAGAGGAGAAAAUGGUGACUCUUCUCCAAGAGAAGAAUGACCUGCAGCUCCAAGUUCAGGCUGAGCAAGAUAAUCUUGCAGAUGCCGAGGAAAGAUGUGAGGGGCUGAUCAAACACAAAAUUCAGAUGGAAGCAAAAGCCAAAGAGCUCUCUGAGAGGCUGGAGGAUGAGGAGGAGAUGAAUGCAGAACUGACUGCUAAGAAGAGGAAGCUGGAGGACGAGUGCUCCGAGCUGAAGAAAGACAUCGAUGACUUAGAGUUAACUCUAGCUAAAGUGGAGAAAGAGAAGCAUGCCACUGAGAACAAGGUCAAGAACCUUGUUGAAGAGAUGGCUGCUUUAGAUGAGAUCAUUGCCAAGCUGACCAAGGAAAAGAAAGCUUUACAGGAAGCUCAUCAGCAAACUCUGGAUGACCUGCAGAGUGAGGAAGACAAAGUCAACACUCUGACCAAGGCCAAGGCUAAGCUGGAGCAGCAAGUGGAUGAUCUUGAGGGUUCUCUGGAACAAGAAAAGAAGAUUAGGAUGGAUCUUGAAAGAGCAAAGCGAAAGCUGGAAGGAGACCUGAAACUGACCCAAGAGAGUCUCAUGGACCUUGAGAAUGACAAGCAACAACUUGAGGAGCAUUUGAAAAAGAAGGACUUUGAGCUCAGCCAGCUUAAUAAUAAAAUUGAAGAUGAGCAGGCCAUUGCCAUUCAGCUUCAAAAGAAACUGAAAGAGCUUCAGGCCCGUAUUGAGGAGCUGGAGGAAGAGCUAGAAGCAGAGAGAGCUGCUCGAGCCAAGGUGGAGAAGCAGAGAGCUGACCUGGCCAGAGAGCUGGAGGAGAUCAGUGAGAGGUUGGAGGAGGCUGGAGGAGCCACAGCUGCCCAGAUUGAGAUGAACAAGAAGAGGGAGGCCGAGUUCCAGAAACUGCGCAGAGACCUCGAAGAGGCCACUCUGCACCACGAAGCCACUACUGCCACACUCAGGAAGAAACAAGCCGACAGUGUUGCUGAGCUGGGAGAGCAGAUUGACAACCUGCAGAGAGUCAAGCAGAAACUGGAGAAGGAGAAGAGUGAGCUCAGACUGGAGCUGGAUGAUGUGGUCUCCAAUAUGGAACAUAUUGUGAAGACAAAGACUAAUCUAGAGAAAGCAUGCAGGACUCUGGAAGAUCAAAUGAAUGAGUACAAGACAAAGUUUGAAGAGGCUCAGCGCUGCAUCAGUGACUUCAACAUGCAGAAAGCAAAACUUCAAACAGAGAAUGGUGAGCUCUCGAGGCAGCUGGAGGAUAAGGAUUCCUUGGUGUCUCAACUCACAAGAGGGAAAAUGUCCUACACUCAGCAGAUUGAGGAUCUAAAGAGACAACUGGAAGAGGAGACCAAGGCAAAGAGUGCUCUGGCCCAUGCAGUGCAGUCUGCUCGCCAUGACUGUGACCUGCUCAGGGAGCAGUAUGAGGAGGAGCAGGAGGCUAAAGCUGAACUACAGCGUGGCAUGUCCAAAGCCAACACUGAGGUGGCUCAGUGGAGGGCAAAGUAUGAAACUGAUGCCAUCCAGAGGACCGAAGAACUAGAAGAGGCCAAGAAAAAGCUGGCUCAGCGUCUGCAGGAGGCUGAGGAGGCUGUUGAAGCAGUGAAUGCUAAAUGUUCCUCUCUGGAGAAGACCAAACACAGGCUGCAGAAUGAGAUUGAAGAUCUCAUGGUGGAUGUAGAGAGGUCUAAUGCUGCUGCCGCUGCUCUGGACAAGAAGCAAAGAAACUUUGACAAGGUUCUUUCUGAGUGGAAGCAGAAGUAUGAGGAGUCUCAGUGCGAGCUGGAGAGCUCCCAAAAGGAAGCAAGGGCUCUGAGCACUGAGCUUUUCAAACUGAAGAACUCAUAUGAGGAAGCUCUGGAUCAUCUGGAGACCAUGAAGAGAGAGAACAAGAAUUUACAGGAGGAGAUUUCUGACAUCACUGAGCAACUUGGUGAGAGUGGCAAAAGUAUCCAUGAAUUGGAAAAGUUACGGAAACAACUGGAACAGGAGAAGAGUGAGAUUCAGUCUGCUCUCGAGGAAGCUGAGGCCUCUCUUGAGCAUGAAGAGGGUAAGAUUCUAAGAGCCCAGCUUGAGUUCAAUCAAAUUAAAGCUGAUAUUGAACGCAAACUGGCCGAGAAGGAUGAAGAGAUGGAGCAGUGCAAGAGAAACCUGCAGAGGACCAUCGACACCCUGCAGAGCUCUCUUGAAGCUGAGUGUCGCAGCAGGAAUGAGGCUCUGCGGCUGAAGAAGAAAAUGGAAGGAGACCUGAAUGAGAUGGAGAUCCAGCUAAGCCAGGCCAACAGGCAGGCAGCCGAGGCCCAGAAACAGCUUAAGGCCGUCCAUGCACAUAUGAAGGAUUGCCAAAUUCAGCUGGAUGACUCUGUUCGGGCCAAUGAUGACCUUAAAGAGAACAUUGCCAUUGUUGAGCGACGCAACAACCUUCUUCAGGCUGAACUGGAGGAGCUGAGAGCAGCUCUGGAGCAAACGGACAGAAGCCGCAAACUUGCAGAGCAAGAGCUGCUGGAUGUCAGUGAGAGAGUGCAGCUGCUGCACUCACAGAACACCAGCCUGAUAAACCAAAAGAAGAAGCUGGAGGCUGAUACAUCCCAGCUUCAAACUGAAGUGGAGGAGGCAGUGCAGGAGUGCAGGAAUGCAGAGGAGAAGGCCAAGAAGGCCAUCACUGAUGCUGCCAUGAUGGCAGAGGAGCUGAAGAAGGAGCAGGACACCAGCGCUCAUCUGGAGCGAAUGAAGAAGAACAUGGAGCAAACCAUCAAAGACCUGCAGCACCGCCUGGAUGAAGCUGAGCAGAUCGCCAUGAAGGGAGGCAAGAAGCAGGUGCAGAAGCUCGAGGCCAGGGUGAGGGAGCUUGAGAAUGAGGUGGAGUCGGAGCAGAAGAAAAGCAGCGAGGCAGUGAAGGGAAUCCGUAAAUACGAGCGACGCAUUAAGGAGCUCACAUACCAGACUGAGGAGGACCGCAAGAAUAUUCUGCGUCUGCAGGAUCUGGUUGACAAACUCCAGCUCAAAGUCAAAGCCUACAAGAGAGCUGCAGAGGAGGCUGAAGAGCAGGCCAAUACUCACCUGAGCAAGUUCCGUAAACUGCAGCACGAGCUGGACGAGGCUGAAGAGAGAGCUGAUAUUGCUGAGUCUCAGGUCAACAAGCUGCGUGCCAAGAGUCGUGACGUGGGCUCUAAGAAAGGGCUAGAUGAGGAGUGAAACUCACAGACGGCCACCUAAGACCUUUGGGAUCUUCUCUAUUGGUUCUCCUUUGUCUCCAAAGUAACUGUAGAAUAAAGCAAAGUGCAUUCAAA